CAGUUUAGCAAUAGAGUACAGCACAUGUUUAGAAGCACUAGAAUAGGGAUAUCUCUAUCUCAAAGACGAAUAGUACAGAGACGACAGUUUUCAUUUGAUUACCAUGCGGUGAUCGGUUCUAUGACGGAAGCUGUUCAAUUAGCCCAUACCUAUACUGGAAUCCCAUGGUGGGCACUAAUACCCUUGACUACAUUCACUCUCCGUUCAGUAUGGACCAUGCCAUUGGCAGUCUUGCAAAGAAGACGAAUUCAGAAGCAAAGUGAAUUGAAACCAAUUGUAAGUGCAACUACUCCCGUUGUGAAAAUGAGCUUGGCCAAGAAAGCCCAGACAGCCAAAAGAGAAGCCGACAAGGAUACCAGUAUUAUUUCACCUAUACAAUCCCCAUUAGCUUCCAUGACAUACGAGCAAAUAUUAAUCUUGAGUUCAAAGGAAACCAGAAAAAGACAAAAGGCAUUAUUCAAAAAACAUAAUGUGGAAAUGUGGAAGAAUUUUAUCUUGCCAGCAUUUCAAAUCCCACUUUGGAUUGCCAUGUCGUUAACCAUGCGUGAUUUAAGUGGUUGGACCACUUGGGAUAAUGUCAAAAACAAAGCUCUUGAUCCAACCUUAUACGAGGAAGGAUUAUUAUGGUUUCAAGAUUUAAGUGUGGCCGACCCCAUGCAUGCAUUCCCAUUGUUACUCGGUGUAAUAACGUUGUGUAAUGUGGAAUGGACCUUCAAGACCUUGGAACUUUCCAGACUUACACCAAGAAACAAACUUAGACCAACAUUGACUUCGUCAAUCUCAAAUGUUGCCAGGAUGUCCGUGGUGUUUAUGAUGGCUAUUUCAUUACACGCACCUGUGGCUCUAACGUUGUAUUGGGUAAGCUCCCAGGUUUAUUCCUUGAUCCAGAAUAUUAUUAUGGACUUGACCAUGCCAAUUACAUUCACGCCAGUCAAGAGAUUGAAUUGGCCAAAAUCCAAGAGUGAAGAUGCUGUUGAUAUUAUGAAGAAGUAAACUUUUAUAUGUACAUAGUAAUACACUUGUUUAUAGUACCACCAAAAAUCGUGCAAUUCCAGACAACCAAAAUUGUCGCACCCAUCAUUCCCAGUUGACACCAACUUGAAAGCACAACAACCUGUUCUUUCUUACUACUACGUCGCUCCAAUGUUUGAUUUAAAACAGAUUCGUAGAGCAAGUAACCAAUUGUACUCUGACAUAAUAGCAGAGUUCUCAGAAACGCGUGGCAAAUACGAUAAUGACAGCAAAACAUUCCAAGAACUAAACCAAUGGAGACUACAAGAACUACCAGAAACACUAGCACAAAGACUCGAAGAUACCAAGUCAAUCUGGUUGACUAAGGACGAAUUGGUCUUGUUGAUGGAUUGGAAAUUGGCCAACGGGAAAUUCAGAGCAACCUUACCCAAAUUGAUUAGAUCAAAUGAUGAACUGACUGUAGAAGCAGUAACAAAGCAAGGAUUUCAAAUAUGGUUAACAUUUAGGAGAACAACAGGAACUAAUGACUUAUGGGAUGAUUUUGCUUACAAAGGCAUGAUAAAGUCUUCAUUCAAGAAGUUGUGCGAAUUGAGAGGGGUAGGUCCAGCCACGGCCAGUUUGAUUUUGAGUCUUAUCCAUAAAAUAGACAAGAAAUGGGCCCCACC